AUGUCGCCCAGCUGUGAAUCGGAGUACAGCGCGGGCUUCCGGGGCUUCGCCGAAGCGUCGGGGGCCCGGCUGGCGGACCUGGCGAACCGCCUGGAGCUGCUGGCGCCGCAGCUGGCCCUGGCGGAGCAGCAGCUGGAGACCUGCCGCGGACGCCAAGGCCGCUAUUUUGACAUCCAGCUCAAGAUGCAUGAUUACAUGGUCUCCACUGGAUUCACACUGGAGCCAAAGCAAGGGACGCCUUUCGACCGAGUGCUGCCCUUCGGCCUUUGCGCGCCACCACAGUGCGCUGACCAGCUCGGAGAAGUGGUGGUGCCUCGUUUCUUGGGCUAUGUCCUCCAAGUGAACCACUCCAUGGGAGUUGCCACUCCCGAGGUGCUCAGAGCACACGAGCUGGCGAGCUGGCAGGAGAUCUCUCUGGACUUCGCUAUCUUGGGCAUCAAUCGCUGUGGUACCACGUCGCUGCACUUCAACCUGGGACAGCACCCAGAGAUUGCCUUCAUGCGACCGGAUGGGGAGGACACAUUCCUGUUUCGGCACAAGAGCAUCCUGCCGCGUAGAGAGGAUGUUGAGGUGUUUGGGUCGCGCUACGAGACCCACGGGACCCACGGCCUUCUUGGCUACCGCCACUCCGGCCUGUAUUCCAAUGCCAGGCUGCUGCAUGGGCUGCAGAGAGUUCGGCAUCUUCGGGGGAUCCUCAUCCUGUGUGAGCCGAUGGGUCGCUUGGAGAGAUUCUUCCUGGUGGACCACAUGUGGCGGUGCUAUGGCAACGAGGCCACGGCAGCCAAGUAUCGGCCAGGCCCAAUGGAGCUGAAGGACCGGCCACCCCGGUGCUGGCGAAGCGUCGCGGAAGCCCUGGAGGACGUGGCCGGGGGGUUUUUGUCCGAGGAGCACCGGCGGCAGCUGCAAACCAACCCGGAGGCAAUGAAGCAUCCGUUGCUGGAGCGCUACCAUUUCGGCCAGCUGCUGCCAGGCUUGCUGGAGCUCUUCGGCGAUCGGCUGCUUCUUCUGCACCAGGACGCGUUGGCAGAAGCUCCGCGCCAGACCUACGAUCGCCUGGCGCGGUUCCUGGGGGCGGCGCCCUUCCCCGCCGAUGCCAGGUUUCCGCGGAGGAACGUGCUCUCCGGUCCUCGCACUGAUUUAUGCGACAAUGCGUCACUGGUGCACCACUUCAAGCGCCUCCUGGAGCCCGAAUACCAGGCCAUUGAGGAGGCACUGGUGAUGACUGGUGAGGCCAUCCCCCGAGAUUUGCGCGCCAGGAGGGCGGGACGAGACAUCAAGCCGAGAGCCGAGAGCUCGCUCGUUAUUCCCAUUUCCGCCAUGGCGAUCAGCAACAAGAAGCUCCAGAAGAUUAUGACGCUGCCGAUCAAUCAGAUCUUCAGAUAUCUUCAGAACAGAUCUCGUGUGCAGGUGUGGCUUCACGAGCAGGCAGAUCUGAGGAUCGAGGGCCGCAUCCUGGGUUUUGACGAGUACAUGAAUCUUGUUAUUGAUGAUGCGGAGGAGAUCAUGGUGAAGAAGAAGACUCGCCGUGCUAUCGGCCGCAUCUUGCUGAAGGGCGACAACAUUUGUCUCAUGAUGAAUACCGGGGCCUAG